CCGGUAUUCAUAGUCCAUUCUUAUAUUUAGGAUUAUCUCAAGCACGUUCUUAAGAUGCCAUCUAGAUUCAUAGUCAUAAACUAAGAUUUCCUUAAGCAUUGUCUUAAGCUUUACCUUCAUGAAGAUAAUCUUAUUCUAUUAUGAUUCAUAGUAACUUCUUAAGUCUAUCUUAAAACUAGUUAGAUUCAUAAUCAAAUAAGGCGGUCUUAUUUGAAUGGAAUAAGACUAUAUUUAAUAGAAAGUAAGGUUAGAUUUUCAAGUCAACGUCGUACAUGACUUAAGAUAAUCUUAUUUUUGUAAGUAGAUUAUUAAAUAUAAUAAAUGGAGUUAAUAGGACAAAUUAGUGAUAUUGAAGAUAUCGAAGAUGAUUUUGAAAAUGUGGAACGUGUACGAAUACGAAAACGAUACAUUCGCGAUGGACAAAACCCUUUUGAAUUCUACAAUAAUUUACAAUUUAAAAAACGCUAUAGAUUUGAUAAAGAUUCCAUUCUAUAUGGUAUAUUACCAAAAAUUGAAGAAGGAUUAGCAAAAAUUAAUAAUCGUGGUCUGCCGAUUUCACCAGUAAUACAAUUGUUAAUAUGUUUAAGAUAUUAUGCAACUGCAAGUUUUCAGCUUCUUCUCGGUGAUAUAAUGACCGUUUCGCAAUCAACUACAUCAAGAAUCGUUUUUCGUAUAAGCUUAUUAAUUGCCAGCUUGCUUAAGGAGUAUAUAAAAAUGCCACAGGAUCAAGAAAUGCGAAAUGAAAAUCGACGAUUAUUUAAUAAUCUUGGAAAAGGGAAUGGAGCUAUUGGUCUCCCUGGCGUGGAUGGUGCUAUUGAUUGUACCCAUGUAAGAUUAGUGGAUACAAGAUUUCAAAAUAUAAGUGAAAUCUAUAGAAAUAGAAAGGGAUAUUUUUCACUUAAUGUGCAAACUGUUGUUGGGCCCAGGAUGGAAUUUUUGGACAUUGUACCAGAGUGGCCUGGUAGCGCACAUGAUAGCCGAAUAUUUCAAAAUUCUUUAUUAUGUAUACGAUACAUCGAAAAUCAGUUAGAUGGUGGUAUACUUGUUGGUGACAGAGGAUAUCCAUGUUUACCAUUUUUAAUGACACCAAUACCAAAUCCUAGAACCGAUGAAGAAAUGAGUUACAACGAUAUACAAUGUAGGACAAGACUAAUAGUAGAAAGAACUUACGGCGUAUGGAAAAGACGAUUUCCUUGCCUAUCACGAGGACUAACAACAAAACUUAUUACGUCUACAACGAUUGUUGUAGCAUGUGCUGUAUUACACAAUAUGUCGUUAAUUUUUAAUGAUGUGUUACCGGACGAUGAUGAACUCUAUGAUUAUGAAGAAGUACCUGUACAUGAACCUAAUAAUAAUGCAAUAGAUGGAUUUGCUGCUCGCGAAGCAAUGAUUGCUCGUAUGUUUAACUGAUGUUAUGUAUUAUAUAUCUACAUAUUAAUAAAAUGGUUACAUAAACUAAAUAUAAAAUUCGACAGUUUUAUGA